CAGGAACUCGGGAGAAUCUGCUACGAGCUCACAAGCGGGGAGCGCUGAUUGGUGCAGUACAUCACAUCGGUAUCUGAUUUCAUCUUCAACCGGUUCACAUUCACAUCACACGGAUGAAAGCCGAAAGUGAGGAGCAUUUCCUAUAUAAUCAUGUAUUCAAUCCAGGCGAUGCUGAAUAGCACAUUGGCUCCUAAGCCUACGGACAUUUACCCCCAACUGAAUCAUGCGGGUCACAUACUAUACUUCUGUUGCCCUUGUCGGUGGCGCAUAUUUGGCAGCAGCACAGCAAUUCCAGUCAACGCCGGUAAUGGGAUGGAACUCGUAUAACCAGUUUGGUUGUAGCAUCAACGAUGCCAAGAUUACACAAACCAUCAACUCCUUAUACAGUCGAGGGUUCGUUGACGCGGGGUACAAAUUUUUCCAGCUGGACUGUGGCUGGGCGUCGAGAGAUGGGCAGCGAAACGCGACGAGCGGCGCACUGAAAAUAGACUCCCAAAGCUUUCCAAACGGGCUCCUACCUCUCAGCAAUCUUGCAAGAUCAAAGGGAAUGAAGUGGUCUAUGUAUUCAGACGCUGGGGUCCGAAUGUGCGAUCCUCAGGCGCCCAGCCCCGUCUUAGGCUCUCUUGGCCAUGAAGCUGCGGAUGCCGACCUUUUCAGAUCCCUGAACGCGGAGUACAUCAAGUAUGAUAACUGUUAUGCCGAUGGACCUCAAGCGUCACAAAAUGCACCCAAAGGCUCGAGGACCGAUUUCGUAACACGUUACACGACUAUGUGGAAAGAGCUCCAGCGAGUAGGUAUUAAGGGGAUGCUGAUCUGCCAAUGGGGAGUUCCCUAUUCCACAUCUAACGGCCUUGAAGGUCCCGUUAAAUGGACCAAAGGGAUCUCGACAUCAUUCCGAUUAUCCGAUGACAUUACCACUGGAUGGGGGAGCGUCUAUCGUAUCUACAAUCAAGCUGUACACAUAGCUAGGUCAGGGCUGAUCGGACCUGGUCAUAUCGCUGAUGCCGAUCUACUGGAGGUCGGGAACAGUGGUAUGACCUUUGACGAGCAGGCUACUCAUUUCGCGUCCUGGGCCAUGCUAAAGUCUGCACUUAUGAUAUCGACGAAUGUGGCUGCUUUAUCGAACGAGCUCGUUGCUGUCCUCCAAAACAAAGAUCUCAUUGCUAUCAAUCAAGACUCCGCCGUCAAGCCUAUCAAGCUCGUCCAACGCUGGACUUCUGACCGGGAUCUAUGGUCUGGAAAUCUUACCAAUGGCGAUAUUGCUGUGCUUGUCGUAGACCUUAGUAACGCCCGCCGUACUUUGAGUCUGCAGCUGUCUGACCUUGGAAUCAAGUCCGCUGAUGUCAAAGAUCUAUGGACCUCAGAAACCUUCAAAAAUACCAACAGUUAUUCAAAACAGGUCAACGGUCAUGGCUCUCUCGCUCUCCGUCUUUCCAAUAUUCAGUACGCAUCAGGGUUGGGGGCUGAAUACAGAUACAUCUCUGUUUCCAGCGGUACAUUGGCAUCCGGUGCCAAUGCUCAGUCAUGCGCAGGUUGCAUCUCAUCUACUAAAGUCGGUAACCUUGGGGGCUCAUCACAUGGUAGUGUAACCCUAUCCAACAUCUUUACUUCACAGGCAACCCAGACUGUCAAGUUUGACUAUAUCAAUUGUGAUAUUUCAUACCUUGGAGGAGGGAGUAACGAGCGUCUAGCAUCAAUCAAGGUGAAUGGUGGGGCCGCGCAAACGGUCAGCUUUCCCCUAAGUGGUUACAACUGGGCCACAGAUAUCCACGCGGAUUACGGUGUUCAGCUGUCUGGCUUCAACACCCAAGGACCAAAUUCUAUUAGUAUAUCGGGUGUUGGGAAUAGCUACGCUCCAGACUUCGAUCGAAUAGCGGUUAUUGCUUAACUAGGUAAAUCAAUACUAUAGGCCAUUUCCCUCCUUUUCUAUUUGAUUGUUCUUUCUGUUGUUCUAGUGGUUGUUGUAGCAAAAGGGGGGAGGGCGGAAUUCGAACCUAUAUAUACAAAGUAGAUAUUCCAGCCAGCGGAGCACAAAGUGAGAGGCUAAUUCAACCCGAAUUUUGUUUUAGGGGGUGCAGAAACUCCAAUUAUAAUUGAUGAUAAAUAUUAAAAUAUUAAAAUCCUAACUUCAUAGAAAGGUUUUCUUUAAUAUAGGAGUUAAAUAAAAAAUUAUUAUCUGGUGUGUUGUGUUAUAUGC